AUGGCCAAGGUCGUACCAGCAACGAAGACCACGAGGAAGCACCAGUCCACCGCGGAAGGUACUGGUCCAAUUGCACGCACGAAGAACGCGAAGGUCACGAAGCCCACCGUAUCGGCACCCAAGGCACCCAAGGCAAAGGGAAUUCCAACUGAUAAUAUCUUUGGGCAUCAUCUUCCUUCUGCGCGCCUUCGUCUCCCAUCGGCAGGCAACAUCUCGGCCCUUGAGCAGGUCGUCUUCCUCACCGAGACCAUCCGCUCCCGCGAUCCGCUGAAUCGCCUUGUACAGAAUGGCUUCGACACCAAGACCUUGCAGUUCAUCAUCAACCAGCACCGGACGUUCCCAAAAUAUCCAUUGAAGGGAAACAGCCUGGGUGCUAUUCUUCGCAAUACAAUGCGCGAGUGGCAGGUAGACUGGACGUUCAGGAACCAAAAGAGCGGCACGUAUCAGGACAAAAAGCCAGCGCCUGACAACCUGACGCUUGCAAACAUGCAGCUCAACUGCCAGGAUCUCUCCGAGAAGAACGGAAAUGGCGAGGGAGUCAUCGAAAACGUCCCUUUCGAAGCCCUGGCAGUUGACGUGACUCGCCUGCCGGAUGGUGACGAUGCGCUGGACCUUACGCGCUGUAUUAUCUGGUCUCUCCAUAACCCCGGAUCUGGUCUGCUGUAUCCGCGCGACUUCGUUUGGCUGACACAUCAGCUUGGUGGGCCCAAGCCGGUACAGCAGGCUAACCAUGAUGAAGAAGUCUUCAGGCGGUGGCACGAAGCCGACAGUGCCAACAAAACUCUCAUCAUCCAGACCGAAGACGAAGUCAACAAGUCUGAAGCUGCUAUGAAUGAAGCGCAGACGCCGGCUGCACACUUCUUUGCCAAGGCUACGCACACUACAGCCACUGCAGCGCUCGCAGCUAGUAUCACUGCACAAUCGGCCCUUGUCACACUCGAAGAUGGCCAUCAUGUCAUUCACCAGCACCUUGUCCCUCAUGUGCCUCAUGCUAGCCCCGACAUGGGCGCUGUCGCCCACUAUCUUGCGCAGUUGAACCAUCAACCAUCGGUGCACCUACCUUUCGGUACCCAGCUCAGCUUCUCGCAUAGUAGAGAAGAUGGCUCUGGCGUAGUCCGUGAUCUUUCCACUCUUGGGUACAUCGCUACCCUACCCAGUGUUCGUCCUCCUGCGUCAGCCAUCGAUGAGGUCAGCUACUCCCACAACGUCGCCGAUUUCACUUUUCAGCAUCCGGAAGAUCUACUGAAAAGCGGAAAACUCUACCAGGAAGUACAGCCCAGUAAUAUCGGUAUUUCAGCGACUUUCCGCUCGAAGACUCAGACUAUGCCAUGGCAGCAGAAUUUCUCCGACUAUCAGGAUGGUAAUGCUCAGGCCCGUCUAGCAUUUGAAGCCGCAUUCCUCCAACAUCUUUGGCUCACUUUCAGAUAG